AAGUCCCGUCAGUGAACUCUUGGGAUGCAUAUGACAGCUGCUUGCUGAGCCGAACAGGUGGCCGUCCCCCCAGGAGCCCAGGGCGCCCAGCGGUGAUGCUCACUAUGCCGAACAAACUGAAGCAGGAUGACAGUCCCCCAGGGCCCAGCUCUUCAGCCACUGCCUCCCUCUCCACGACGAGGGUGUCUAUGAGAGACAAGCUGCUCGUCCAAGAGGUUGCAGAACUGGAAGCGAAUUUACCUUGUACCUGCAAGCUGUCUUUUCCUGAUCCUGACAGUCUCCACUGCUUUCGGCUCACCGUGACCCCAGACGAGGGCUACUACCAGGGUGGAAAUUUUCUGUUUCAAAUUCGCGUUCCUCCGAACUACAACAUGAUGCCCCCGGUGGUCAACUGCUUGACCAGAAUCUGGCACCCCAACAUUACAGAGAGAGGGGUCGUCUGUCUGAGUAUACUGCGAGAACAUUUGGGAGACACUGGCUGGUCUCCCAUGAGGAAGCUGAAGGAUGUGGUUUGGGGAUUAGACUCCUUAUUUACGGAUCUUUUGAAUUUUGAGGAUCCACUGAAUACUGAAGCUGCGGAACACUAUUUGCACAACCAGGAGGACUUCCUGAAAAAAGUUAAAGACUAUAUCCAGCAGUACGCCAGAUGAGACAAGGAGCCCUGCGCGCUGCCCCUGUCCCCUCCUGGCCCUCUCUGGACCCCCGGGAGCUGGGCCAACCUGGGACACACUCGUCUGGAGAACGCAACGUAAAAUCAGCAAGUUGUUUUUUCAGCAUCAUAACUGGUGUUGGAUUUUAAAUUUGUUUCCCUAUGUUCUGUUUUCCUUUAUAAAGAAAUAAAAUUGAUAUUGGCAUGU